UUAGCUUACGAUCCAACAAGGCUCGUCGCGAUCCGGGAAUGGAUCAGGAAACCUGCACAGGAGAUCAAACACCUGCAUCCUUCAUGUCCGCUCUACUGUUAUUCUGUUAACUCCGCGUGCGGUGCUCCACAACGACAUCCAGUCUCCAGAGACGACCUUUGUUCUCACGCAUCCAGCCACGUAGCCCGUGCCCAGAGUCUUCCACCAGCCAAGGACCACGAUAUCCGAAGUGCGGCGAGAAACUAUGGCACCUGAGCCGGGUCUCGAACAUCCAUCCAGCGUCGCAUCCUUUCAUCGUUGAGGAUUUCCUGUUGCGGUCGUCUGGUUGGUGUGCUGCAGCUAGAAAACCGAAAAAAUUAUACACCUUAAGUGGAGAGGCACGGCAGCCGGAGAUGGGCGGGCCAUGCUCAGCUUGCUAUGGACGGAUUCGAUUAUCCCGUAGGAUUAUUCUACACAGGCUGACUGGUCAUUGGUUAAGUCGAUUGAAUAGCUAUGUUGGCCGACUGGCGAGUGAAGAGAGGUCAGGAAAUGCCGUCAUGUUCGUCAAUCGUCAUGGCUCAUCUGGCGUGGGAGAAGGUCACGUUCUAGCAUCGGACAUGGAGCAAGGAACUAAUACGGUAAUUAAAUGCCCUGCUGAAGAACAAAACCACGAAACAGAAACAAUGGAAGGAAAUGAAGCCGCCCAAGAAGAGAGGAGGGCGCCCGCCGCCCGGGGAGACGGUUUCCUGCCUGGUGGCUGGGUGGUGCCUGGCGUCGCAGCGGGAGUGCCUGGAAAGCCGAAAAACCGUUGGCCAAUCAUUGCCCUCGAUGAAACCCGCUCACCCAACAACCUCCACGCCCCUGCAGCCUCGAAAACACACAACACAUCAAAUCGGUGUCACCCCCAAAUGACACCACAAUCACCAGUUGCUUUACCGCGAAUGACCUGUAAUUGCAAAGAACAAAUGACAUCCGCACAGCGCUUGCAAGUGUGUUGUUUCAUGAGGCGCAAGGUUGGAAGCGGAAAAUACAACAAUCACAACAGGCCGCUUCAGCAUUUUCGUUUUCACUUCCUGUUGGGAAAUUGGGCACCUCUCCGGAUCCUCGACUCCACAUGGACAUUCAAUUUGAUCGCCGGGUUCGCCCAGUCCCAGAAGAAAAUCAGGGAUGUCCGUCGAUUGCUCCCAUUGGCUCCCAUUGGCUUGCACCUCGCACUGCCUCCACUAAUCCCCUCUCCAGCCCAACAAACGCCAAAAGAAUGAAAAGCCUCCCGAAACAUGAAUUGGUGCAGAAACCGAGGGCCCAACACAGCAGGGCGACAAGCCGACAACACACAACGGAUUUAUAUUGUCGUUGGCUAAGUUACCUGACGGA